CUACCUCCCGCCUGUCCUGGGCGCUCCCCGAGGAGCAGGACGCGCCCGGUAGCUGCCCCACCCCGUGGGACUCCUGGGCACCCUCCACCUGCUGCAGCUCGGCCGGCUGGAGGGGGAGCCAGGCUGCAGCACCCAGGUGGGGGGCAUCUCUCCUGCAGUUGCCACCUCCGGGGGCUUCCUCGGCUUUGGCUUUCAGAAGCGCCCUUUCCUGCCAGCCCCGGUGCCCCCCAGUGAAUUCCUGUCUGGCGGCCCUGCUCUCUCCUCCCCCGCCAGCAUCAGCAGCAUCCAUCUCCCCUCCCUCCCUCCGCCUGCAUGGAGAGAGAGAAUGGCGGAGAGGGAGAAAGGAGCCACGUCCCCGGCCGGAUCGUCUCCGUUCCUGGGGCUGCAUCUGGCCUCGCCCCCCAAUUUCAGGCUCACCCAUGACAUCAGCCUUGAGGAGUUUGAGGAUGAAGACCUCUCUGAAAUCACCGAUGAGUGUGGAAUCAGCCUGCAUUGUAAGGACAGCCUGGCCCCCCGGAGCCAUGUGAGCCUGCAGACCAAUAGCGGCCUGGGGGUGGGCGGCAGGGAGGCGAGCCGGCUCCAGGCAGAGAUGCUUCAGCUGGACCUGAUCGAUGCUGCCGGGGAGACCUCUGCCGAAGAGGAAACCGCCCAAGAGCCACUCAAGAAGGAGCCCCCGCUGGUAACCAUGGACACCUACAGACCCAAGCGGCCCACAACUCUCAACCUCUUCCCACAGGUGCCUCGGACCCAGGACACUCUGAAUAACAACUCUCUAGGGAAAAAGCACAGUUGGCAGGAGCGGGUGUCCCGGUCAUCAUCCCCCCUGAAAACUGGUGACAGACCCCCCCCCCAUGACCACGUAUGCCUAAGUGAUGAGGUCAAUCACCAAAACAGCACAACCUCCACCAAAGAUCGGGGCACGUCCACAGAGAGCCCGUGCCGGCGCACGGCCGCCACACAGAUCGCCCCUGCCUGUGUUGUAUCCUCCCGGGUGCCUGAGAAGCACCAGGCUGCCGGCCGGCUCCCACCCCACAACCCCAGUGUGGUGGUGGUGACGAGGGGGCCGGAAGCCCACCGGGACCGCAUCCGCUACCAGACGGACGUGAGGCUAGAGGCCACCGAGGAGAUCUACCUGACACCUGUACAGAAGAACUCGGACCCACUGGAGCCUGAGAAGCCCUUCCUGUCGCAGUCCAGCGAGAACCGCAUGUCCAUCAGUUCUGACAUCGACACCUCCAGCUACCCCGCACUGAUGGGGAAGCCCAAUCCCUCCAUCAGCGAGGAGGACGAGGUGUUGGACUACAUGUCCUCGCCCGAGAAGAUGAGCCUGCCCAGGACCUCGUGCAGCAGCAGCAGCAAUGGUGGCUACCGGCAUGGGCACAGCCUCCAGAGGGCGUCAGUGAGCUCAGACACCAGUGCCCUCUCUUACGACUCAGUCAAGUAUACGCUGGUGGUAGAUGAGAACGUGCAGCUGGAAUUAGUCAGCCUGAAGCAGUGCUACUCGGGCUACAGCGACGAGAGCGACUCAGCAACCGUCUACGACAACUGCGUCUCCUCGCCCUAUGAGUCGGCCAUUGGCGAGGAGUAUGAGGAGGAUGCGCUGAAGCGUGAUUCAGUCUGCCUGUCUGAGGACUCCACCCCCGAGGCUGACAUCCACUUCUCCAAGAAGUUCCUCAACGUCUUCAUGAGUGGCCGGUCGCGUUCCUCUAGUGCGGAAUCGUUUGGGCUGUUCUCCUGUAUGAUCAAUGGGGAGGAGCAGGAACAGACUCACCGCGCUGUCUUUAGGUUUGUGCCUCGUCAUGCGGAUGAGCUGGAGCUGGAGGUGGACGACCCUCUGCUGGUGGAGGUGCAGGCAGAAGAUUAUUGGUACGAGGCCUACAACAUGAGGACAGGCGACCGGGGCAUCUUCCCUGCUUACUAUGCGAUUGAGGUCACCAAGGAUCCUGACCACAUUACAGCCCUGACCAAGAACAGUGACUGGAUGGAUCAGUUCCGGGUGAAGUUCCUUGGCUCAGUCCAGGUUCCAUAUCACAAAGGCAAUGAUGUGCUGUGUGCGGCUAUGCAGAAGAUCGCCACCACCCGCCGCCUCACUGUGCACUUUAACCCACCCUCCAGCUGCAUCCUGGAGAUCAAUGUGCGAGGAGUCAAGAUUGCUGUGAAAUCUGAUGAUUCCAAGGAGCAGAACAAGGGUAAUAAAUGUAGCCACUUUUUCCAGCUGAAGAACAUUUCCUUCUGUGGAUACCAUCCAAAGAACAACAAAUAUUUUGGGUUUAUCACCAAGCACCCAGCUGACCACAGAUUUGCCUGUCACGUCUUCGUCUCAGAGGAGUCCACCAAGCCGCUUGCAGAGUCUGUAGGGAGGGCUUUCCAGCAGUUCUACAAGGAGUAUGUGGAGUACACCUGCCCCACAGAGGACAUCUACCUGGAGUAGGGACUGGGCCGAGCACCCUUCUGUACAGACAGGGCCAGCGAACUCGCCCAUUCCCCAUCAUGCAUGGACAAACUGCUUUGACACUGGAGGAGGAACAGAGCAGGGGAUGGCUCCCUUGGUGCAUGGAGCACUACCUCUUUUCAGGACUCUCCUUCCUCGGGCUGGGGG